UCUUAGCAGGCACCAUUCCCCUGAGUGAUGGAAAGGGCCAAUGAGAGUUCCCUGAUGGGUUUUGUCCUUCUAGGCUUCUCAGACCGCCCUCACCUGGAGGCUGUGCUCUUUGUGUUUGUCCUUUUCUUCUACCUCUUGACACUUGUGGGAAACUUUACCAUCAUCAUUGUUUCACACCUGGAUGCCUCCCUGCACACCCCUAUGUACUUCUUCCUCACCAAUCUCUCCCUAUUGGACCUCUGCUUCACUACUAGCCUUGCUCCUCAGACCCUGGUUAACCUGCGUGGUCCAGAGAAGACCAUCACUUAUGGGGGUUGUGCAGCACAACUUUACAUUUCUCUAGCGCUGGGCUCCACUGAAUGCAUUCUCCUGGCUGUGAUGGCCUUGGAUCGCUAUGUUGCUGUCUGCAAACCCCUCCACUAUGUGGUCAUCAUGAACCCACGACUAUGCCAGCAGCUAGCAUCCAUCUCCUGGCUCAGUGGUUUGGCCAAUUCCUUGAUCCAUGCUACCUUUACCUUGCAACUGUCUCUCUGUGGCAACCACAGGCUGGAUCAUUUUAUUUGCGAAGUACCAGCUCUUCUCAAGUUGGCUUGUGUAGACACUACUGUCAAUGAGUUGGUGCUUUUUGUUGUGAGUGUCCUGUUCCUGCUACUCCCCCCAGCAUUCAUCCUCAUCUCCUAUGGUUUCAUAACUCAAGCUGUGCUGAGGAUCAAGUCAGAGGAAGCGAGGCACAAAGCCUGCAGCACCUGCUCCUCGCACCUCACGGUGGUGGUCAUCUUCUAUGGCACCAUAAUCUACAUGUACCUGCAGCCAAGUAACAGUUAUACCCAGGACCAAGGCAAGUUCAUCUCCCUCUUCUACACCAUGGUGACCCCCACCUUAAAUCCUAUCAUCUACACUUUAAGGAACAAAGAUGUGAAAGAGGCUUUGAAGAAACUUCUCUCAGGAAAACUGUGCUCCCUACAAAUGUGAUGUAC